AUGACUGCGAUCCAGGCUGCCGGUGACAUACUUGCGAGCUGUCUGCUCACUCUGCAAUACUGCCUUACCGGUCUUUUCGCUCUGCUGAUCAGCAAGCCGACCGAAGUCCGCUCCAAUCCAGGAAUAGGCCAAGCACAAGCUUCAAGCCGACAGCAGCAAGCAUUCUUGUCUGAACUCAAACGAGCCUAUCCGCCAGACAUCUUCCCAGGCGGACGCUAUGUCAGGCUGCCAGCCGGUCAGAUCAGGUUAUGGGAAUUCGGCCAACAAGAGGCUACAAAGCGAAUCGUCUUUGUGCACGGGCUGAGCAUUCCCAGCAUCAUCUUUGAGAGCGUAGCCAAAGCGCUCUGCAAGCAAGGCUAUCGGGUUGCCCUGUACGAUCAGUACGGCAGAGGCUACUCGUCUGCACCUCAGAAUGUGGCGUACGAUUCUGUACUUUACGUCAAUCAGCUGCUUGGCGUCCUUGAUGCGCUAGGCUGGUCGAGCGCACAUCUUGUCGGGCUGAGUAUGGGCGGGCCCAUCUCGGCUCGGUUCGCCAGCCUGUUUCCUCACCGAGUGGAGUCGGUCACGCUCCUUGCACCCGCAGGCAUGCAAGACCGCAAGCCGUCGAGAGCGAUAGGCAUCAAGCUUGUGCCUUACAUCGAGAAAUCUGUCACGACACCGAUAGCAAGAGCAUUGUUUCGGUCCAUGAUACCUGUGCGAGCUCCGAGCAAGACGAAGCUCGAUCGUUUGCUUCACGUGGCCCGUCUCCAAGCUGCUGUCCUGCCCGGCUUUCAGCUGGCCAUUCUACGAACGCUUCACCAAGGUCCGCUCUUUGGCUUCGAGAGUGCAUAUUACGACCUUGGUAAAGUUGGCAUGCCCGUCCUUGUUAUAUGGGGCACGGCAGACAGUAUCGUACCUUAUGCAGCCUCAAGCAGUGUCAUGCGUGCAUUGGGCCCCAAGGCCACUCUGCUCACCUUGGACGGCGCGGGUCACGAUCUGCCUCACACGACGGACGAAGAAGUCACAAAAGCAUUGCUGGCAUUCAUAAGCUGA